AGCAAUGUAUUAAUGAAAACAUAAACAACACGUGUUUUACAUGAGAUAAACUGUUUUUUUUUUGUUUUAAUUUAAUCAAUUGAUUCAUUGAUUUUGUGGUCAAUUGUUUAAUUGAAUUAUGAAUAAUCUGAAACCACAGACGUGUCAGACAAUUGUCUCAUCGGAUCUGUUGAAUGGCAGCCAAUGUAUGACUAUUGACACGGAUUUAAAUGUCAUUUAUUUGGUCAAUAAAUACAGACAAUUGGUUAGCAUUGAUGUCAACACUGAAUCGGUGAAAAAAUGUUGCGAUUUGUGUACACAAACUGAAGACUCUUUUGGUGUCAUAAAUGUCGAGUUUAUGUCCGAAGAGAGGAGUGUUUGUAUUGCUUUAACCACCGGUGAUAUCAUUGUCUUCAACACAAUGACAGACAGCCAUCAAGUAAUGGGAUGUCUUUCCGAUGGAUUACAAUCUGUGGCAUUCAGUUUAGAUCAAGAGCUGAUCGCUUUGAUUACCACAAAUCAGUCGUUGAUUUUGAUGAAUAAACUUUUUGAUAUUUUAUCGCAAAGAGAUCUUAAAUCGGAUGAGUUUGGAUGUAAUGAAACGGUUUCCGUGAAUUGGGGCUCAAAGGCCACACAAUUUCACGGCGAAGGACAAAGAGAUACAAGAAAUAAACAAGAAAAUUAUAAGUCUUUUAGUGAUUUUGAUGACAAAUUAUCGCGAAUCAGUUGGCGAUCUGAUGGACUCUAUUUUGUGACCACAUAUUUUGAUACAAUAACAAAUUUUCGUAAACUUCAGAUUUGGAGUCGCGAUGGAAUUCUUCAGUAUACAAGUGAAGACAUCAAUGGAUUGGAAGGAUUGAUAUCAUGGAAACCUUCCGGCGCUCUGAUUGCGAGCUCACAAAUGCUGCCAAACAAACAUAUCAUAGUUUUUGCCGAAAAGAAUGGUCUAAAACACGGAGAGUUUGAAUUGCCAUUCAGUGCCAACACUUUUGAAGUCCAAUCCAUUUUGUGGUCAAACGAUUCACAAAUAUUAUUAGUGAUGGGAUUGGAGAGGAUAUCGGAGAAGAAUUCGACACAAGUUCUUAUGUUUUGGAGACAACAAAAUUACAAAUGGGAUCGAAAACAAAGACAUGAAUUUACUGAUUACACAGUUGUUACACUGGCUUUUGAUUCAAUUGAUGCUAAUCUUUUGCACGUUAUCUUCAGUAAUGGUCGUUAUGUACGAUACAGAUGGAAAUGGUCUAUGGAUGAGAUGGAUGGUAUGAUUGCUUUAGUUGAUGGCAAUCGACUAAAACUGUCAGACUUUGAAAUGGCUGUCAUUCCGCCGCCAUUUUAUACAAAAUCAAUUGAUUUUAAGUCACAAGUUUUUGACAUUUGCUUCUCGAAGAAUGUAUUCGGAGUUGUUUUAAUUGACAGUACUGUCUAUUUAUUUGAAAGAAAUACCACAAAACCCACUAUCGAUGCAAAUGACUUGUUUGCCAUCACAUUGGAAAACAUGACUAAACAAAGUAAUGAUGAAUUAAAUUGUAUUUAUUGUGGAAAAUGUGAUAAUAUCACUAAUCUAAUGAAUUUAACUAUCGAUGAAACUGGAGUACUAUAUGGGAACCAAUCGACUGUGUUAUUAUGUUAUGACUAUCGAAAUGAUUCACAAAAAUUGGAUCAAUUAUUGGACAUUAAAAGUGAUAUAUUAGCGAUGAAAUGUAAAGAAGAUUUUAUUGGUAUUAUGACCAUUGAUGGACAGUUGUUGAAGUUUGAACCAAAAGACAAAACGUUAGAACAAUGGAUGGAUCGAAAUGAUCGCAAAGUAGUCUUUCCUCAUCAAUGCUCAAGACUUGAGAUAAUCAAAGUUAGCGAUAAAUUUGUUUCGCUUUGUUUGUUGGAAAACUCGAGUUUAUAUUUGGAUAAUGAGAUUCUGUCGCAAAACAAUUGUAACUCUUUUAUUAAUUAUAAAAAUAAGUUUUUAUUAUUUACUACAACUGACCAUCUGUUGCAUUGUUGGCCAAUAAAUGAUGAUAUCUUUAAGGCUAACUCCAACUAUCAUAAAAUUAAAGCUCGAACUGUUGAAAGAGGUGCCAAAAUAAUAGCUGCGGCCAGGGAUGCAAAAGUUGUACUACAGAUGCCUCGCGGCAAUACAGAAGCCAUAUAUCCGAGAGCUUUACUAUUAGACAUAGUUAUGUCUAAAUUGAAUCUUUUGGAGUUUGAUUCAGCAAUCGAUUUGUUGCGUAAACAUCGGAUUAAUCUUAAUUUUAUUUAUGAUAUUAAUCCAAAAAAUUUUAUAGAAAAUAUUGAAUUAUUUAUUGAAAAAGUUGGCAAACGAUGUGUCGAGUGGUUGAAUCUGUUUAUUACUGAACUAUCAAAUGACGAAAAUUUUCAAACUAUCACUCAGACAAACAACAAGAAUUCAAAGUUUAAUUCAAGAAAUCUUAAUAAUCACAAUAAAGUGGAUAUGAUAUGUGAUUUAAUGAGAGAAACAAUGAAUAAAUUGGACAACAAAUUGUAUUUUCAUUCAAUUUUGUUAACAUAUAUCAAGAAAUCUGUUCCCGAAACAGAUAAAGCGCUCGAAAUGAUUAAAUCAAUUGAAGACACUAUGAUUAGAGAUAAGGCCAUUAAAUUUUUAUUAUAUAUUAUUAACAUAAAUCAACUUUUCGAUGAAGCCCUCGGCACUUAUAAUAGCGAUAUAUUUUUGAUGAUAGCAUCAAAAUCACAGAAAGAUCCAAAAGAAUAUUUGGCUCUUUUGGAUGAACUCAACAAAAUCAAGUGUUUUGAAUACAAGUGCUUUAAAAUAGAUAUGCAUUUAAAACGCUAUAAUAAAGCUUUGAUUCAUAUCUCUAAACUUGACGAUCAUUUUGAGGAAUGUCUUGAAUUGAUUAAAGCUCACAGUCUUUAUAAAAAUGCAGUGAAUUUGUUUGAUAAGAGUUGCGAUGAAAAGAAGCAAAAAGUUUGGAAACUAUACGCCGACUAUUUGUUUCAGAAGAAAUAUUUUGAAGAGUCGGCCAUCGCUUACAAGAAUGGACACGACUUUUCCAAUGCCGUCAAAGCGUAUCAAUUAAGUGGUAACUGGAGUGCAGCUAUUGAUUCUGCUUUACAUUGCAAACAAACAGUUAAUAUAAAAACAUUGGCACAAAAUUUGGCCAAACAUUUAGUUAUUGGUGGUAAACAUCUCGAGGCGUCAUAUCUUCUUGAAAUAUACGCUGAAGAUAUAUUAGAAACUAUUAAAACACUGAUUGAUGGACACGAAUGGCAACACGCGCUUAGGGUUAUGAAUGGAAACAAUAGUGAAGAAUUGACAGAAUAUUAUAAAUCAGAAUUAUUUAAACAUUUUGAAGUGAUUUCAGAUUUAAUAACAAAAAAUUAUAAUCUAUUAGUUAAACACAUGAAUAGAUUAGAAGUGGUUCGUCAACAACAACUUGAAAAGACUGUUGAUGUCAACAGUUAUGAUAAUUUUGAUGACAAAUCUGACAUUUAUUCCGAAACCAGCAGUUUUAAUGAAUCGCAAACAAGUGGACAGAAAUCAACUUCCAGUUCUUUGGCGACCAGAAAAAGUCGAAAGAAUACAAAGAAAAGAUUGGAAAUGAAGAAAUAUAUACAUAAGGAAGGAUCAGCUGACGAAGAUAUUCAACUAAUUUAUGCAAUAAAUGAAAUAAUCAAAAACGUUGACCAAAUUCAAGAAGAAAUUAGUUAUAUAUUACGAGCUCUUUAUAGCUUUAAUUCUAGAGAUAAAGCAAAUACUAUUCAAAGUGAAUUCACAGCACUUCUGGAUUUAAUUAAUAGUAUAACCAAAGAAAUUUGGACACAAAAUGAUAAUAAUGACAAUCAAAAUGAAGAGUCAAUACAAAAACAUAAAAUUACUGAUCCACUUUUAAUGAAAAGCCCAGAAUUAAGGAAAGUUGACUGGAAAUUAGUGUUACUAUGAUUUUAUUAUACAUUACUGUUAACUUCACUAUCAUUUUUUAAUAAAAUAAUUUUAAUUAUUAU